AUGGCCACCCUGGCUGGCAUGCUCACCAAGCUGCCUGCAAACUCAAAUAUCUCUGACCUCCUCCUCGCCAUCGAAACCCCUCCCCCCAAACAUGAGCAUGAUACUCCGCCUGGCGCGGCCACUCCCAGGAUAUUUAAAGUCGGCCAUGAAUGGCUCCCAGCCAUCACCUUGUAUUGCCGAACGGUCCCCAAUUGUCAUAGGCAUUAUCCAAAGCUCCCCCACCCUCAUCGCAAUCCACCAACCAGCUCGACCAUAGAGCGCUCCUCUUCGACAUUGCUGGUCCCAGUCACCUUUCGACGCCGGGCAUGAGCGCUCCCUGGGCGUUUUUGCUCUCGCCGUAUGGGGUUUUCAGAGUCCAAAGGGGGGUUCUUUGGAUUUUUGAAAAAACAAAACGUGCAUUUCCCCAGCCUGAUUUUGGCCCUGUUUUGGGCACUUUGCUAUGAGCACUUCGUGGAGUGUCUUCGGGCGACUAUCAUAGGUGGCACAUACUUAUGUAUCGCAUUACCAGUAAGUUUGACUAUGUUUCUAUUCUACAAGCUUCAGUGUCCCUGGUCAUGGCCACUUGUGGCCGACUACAUACAUCAGUAGGUUGAAACUUCAUGUUUGGAAUGCCUCAAUUCUUUUCCUUUUUAUUUCCUUUUUAUUAUUCGUUUAGUGGAUUGAUAUGUUUAGAGUUAUGUUGAAGCUGAUUUCCUCCAGCUUGGGCAUGCAUUUCUACAUGUCGAUACUCAGUUAAGUCAGGUAAGUGUUUCAAUUUUUAUUUUCUCCAUGUCCUUUCGGUUUUGGGUAUAUUCUAGCCCGGUAAGUGUCUAUUUUCUCUAUCUCUGUUCGUUUUUGGGUAUAUUACAGCCAGUAAGUAUUUUUAUUUCUCUCUGUCCUUUCACUUUACCUCUCUUCUUUCCUUUCCUUUUCUUUCGUUGAUACUGUCUGGACAACCGCCGACUGAGCUAGCUCCAGCGAGCCAGUUUUUAAAUCGACCAAGUCCAGCUCCUUUCUCUUUCUUUUUGCUUUGCUCAGUUCAACCGUUAAAGCGGAUCUGCCCGCUCCAACCUGCACCAAACUAUACUCAAGAACCACAUGUCGAAGUGGCAGAGCGCUACCACAAAGCCCGACAUCGAUCUACGAACUCGACACUUGGUAGCUGGCUACCCAUUUCGACAUAUAAACGACACUUGGCGGCUGGCCGAUGCACGGAAGGAAGGAUAGGAAAGGAUAAGACCUGGCGAUGGUCUGAACGAACUUGAAAUAAACAGCCUGGGGUAGGUGCGGGGUCUGGGGGUUGGUGCGCGAGAGCUAUGAUGCGAGCUUUCGGUGGCCGCUUGAUGCCACAGCUCAAAUGUGGCAUCAGAACUUGGGUAAGGAGUGGCAGAAGGGUGGAGGAUACUGGCUAGAUAUAUCUAUGUAGUAAAUAUAAUGUUUCUGUGCUUAUUAACUGUUUCCUGGCCGGUGAACAGUGAUCUUGCUGUCGCCGAUACCACCCAACUACCAUUAUGCCACCGCUAUGGCCGGUUUUGCCGUACCUGGGCCAAAUUAAGGUGGUGAUACUGGCGAAUCCUCAUUCAUGGCCAUAUAUAUCUACAGUAAAUCACCAGUUUCACCAAAU